AUCUCAUAAUUUUUAUGGUCUAGGCAGGUGACCGCGUCGAAACUCCCGGGUAUUUGGGCCGGGUUGCAAUUGCUUGUUUUCCCUCCAGUACCCAUCCUAUACCCGGUUUCGACCACAAUAUCCAAGUUAUUACAAGCUCUUAGCUCACACAGAUGAUCCUUAACAUUCCUCGUGGUCCUUUACUCAGAUGCUUUUCGCCGACCCCUACGGUUGCCCGUAGAAGCUUUGGUACCCGUCGAUAUAAUUCAAGUCAGCCCCCAGACGAUGGACCUCAGGGGUCUAAUGGAAUUGGAAUUCCUCCACCACUCGCUGGAAUAAAAAUUGUCGACCUUACUCGCGUUCUGGCAGGGCCAACUGCAACAAUGCUGCUGGCUGAUUUGGGCGCAGAUGUUAUCAAAAUUGAGCAAGUAGGAAAGGGCGAUGAUACUCGAUCAUGGAAUCCUCCUUCCGCGCCUCUCCUACCCCAAUCGUCCUCUUCGAAUUCUCUACCAGAACGUGCUCAUUUCUUGCCCCCUGAAUCUGCCUAUUUUUUAUCUUCGAACAGAAAUAAACGCUCGAUUACUGUCAAUUUCAAAGAUCCUGCUGGUUUGGAAAUUGUGCACAAGCUCAUUGAACAAGCAGAUGUCCUGGUGGAGAAUUACAUUCCUGGUAAACUCGCAAAACUGGGUCUCGGGUGGGAGCAGUGUCAUAAGAUCAAUCAGAGGUUGAUCUAUGCUAGCAUAACUGGUUACGGACAGACUGGGCCAUAUCGUCAACAUGCUGGCUACGAUGUGAUUGUCGAGGGUGAAGCAGGGCUGAUGCAUAUCACGGGAGAACCGUAUCCGGCCAAACCUGUAAAAGUCGGCGUAGCUGCAACCGAUGUCGCCACAGGCCUAUACACACACGGAGCCAUCAUGGCUGCACUUAUAGGAAGACAAAAAACAGGAAAAGGGUGUUGGAUUGACUGUAACCUGUUCGAGACGCAAGUUGCCGGGUUAGCAAAUAUCGCGUCCAAUUACUUGAUAGCAGGGCAGGAAGCACAGAGGUUUGGUACAGCUCAUCCGAGUGUGGUGCCGUAUCAGGUAUUUCCGUGUAAAGCACCCGAUGGACAGGCAGGCGACGAUUUCAUCAUGAUUGGUGCUGGAAACGAUAACCAGUUCAACACUCUGUGUACUCUAGUUCUUCCUCUUCCCAGCUUACCCUCGGAUCCACGAUUCUCUACAAACGCUCUUCGGGUGGCAAAUCGCAACGAAUUGAUCAAGUUGCUGGAAAUAGAGCUCAGGAAAGAGACCAAAGCCCACUGGCUAGGAAAAUUUAGAGCAGCAACUCAAGCAGGAAAAGGUGUUCCCCAUGGUCCCAUCAAUAACAUCAAGGAGACGUUCGAGCACGAACAAGCUAUCGCAAGGAACGUGACUGUCGAAAUCGAUCAUCCGCGCGCAGGACCAAUCAAACUCGUCGCUCCCGCUGUUUCAUACAAUGGGAAAAAGAUGUCUGUGAAGAGGCAUCCGCCGUGGUUGGGAGAACAUAGUGACGAGGUCCUCGCUGAAUUGGGGUACUCCGCCGCGCAGGUGGAAGAGCUUCGUGCGAAGGGAGUAGUUUGAACAUGUAAGAACUAUGUAACUGUAUUUUAAGAGGAGGGUUCUGAUUCAGGCUAUGCAUACCGUGAGUUCUCCCAUCGGCCUGAUGGUCUAGGAGUAUGAUUCGUUGUUAGGGUAUGUUCCUUAUUCGAC